CGCCCUGCUCCGCGCGGCGGCUGAAGGGGGAGGGGACAUUGAGAGUGGCGCAUGCGCGGCCGGGCCCGGAGGAAGAUGGCGGCGGGCCCGGACCCGCUGGAGGAGCUGUUCCUGUCAGAGGUGGACGAGAAGGCGGUCAGCGAUCUGGUGGGAUCGCUGGAAUCGCAGCUGGCAGUGCUGCCUGGAGAGAGGAGGCCAACUCUGGCGGGAGACAGCGUCCCUCAGGAGGGACAGCGGCGAGCCGGCAGGAUGGCGCCAUCGCCGCUCGGGGAGAAACCGGCGGCGGCUCCCCCUGCGGCCCCUCAUCCUGGCCCUGGACUCGGACAGGAGGCAGCCGCCGGAGCUGGUCUCAGUCAGCGAGCAGCCUCCGCCUGCGAGCUCCCGCCACCUCCCGCCAACAGCCCCCCUUCCUCGGACCCCUCAGCGGCCGGAGCCCGGGCUUCGGGUGCAGCGACCCCGGGGACCGGCCGCCCCCCUCACUCCUACCGGCCACCGCUUCCAGCUCCUCCUUCCCCAUCCCCCAGCACCAGCAGCCCUGCACCCCCUCUGGGUACCACUGAAACUGGGGGGAGAGUCCUUCCCCUGCCCCUCCUAACAAUAGGCGAGCCUCGGGUGUCGAACCACCUGCCCCCAGCACCUCCCGGAACCCCACCUCAGGUUGUCAAUGGGGUGGUCGCAGUCUGCAGCUCCCCUGCUGUGACUACUACUUUGCACUUCUCCGCUGGAACUGCCUCUGGGACUUGUAGCCAUCUCCCCAAGUCUGGGACUUUUGGGUCCAAUGUCAGUAGCAUCAACACACCAUGCAACUCAUCUCAAAACAGUUCUCAAUUCGUCUCUGUGGCUCAAGACAGCGUCCUGAGUACUAGCACCCCCACUAUUGCACUCUCAAGACCGCCAAUGCAUACUGUGAUUGCCAGCAAUGUUUUGGGCACUGCACUAUCACAGAAUGGAUUUGCCCCCCACAACCAUGUGAAUCUACCUGGAUUGGUGCAAUUUGGAGAAAAGACAGGCAUCCAUCAGGGUGCAAUAGUGACACAAUUGGCUAAUCAGACUGUUGCUGUCAGUGGUCCAAUUUGCAGUCUCACAGCCACCAAUACAGAUUCCAGUUCACAGACAAAGCUUGUUCUGCACACUCAGUCUCAGCCUGUUUCUCUUAGUUUAUUAAAUAACACAGCUGCUCCGAUCACAGUGACCAACACUCCAAGCAAUCAGUUGCAAUACACGGUUACCAGCUCUCUCACUGUAACCAGUGUGCCAGUCAGCAUCAAUGCAGUUGCAAAACCUGCAGUCAAUAUAAUUGCACAACCUCAUGUCGGAAUCACAAAAGUCAUUUCGUCUGCUCCUGGCAUCAUCCAAGUAUCAGCUGCUCAGUCACAGCCUCUUCGUACUGGGUUAGGGGCACCCCAACGCAUUGUAACCCCUCAGCUUAUCAUCCGUUCACCACAACAACCAACAGUGCAGCUUGCUUCUGGUUUCACCAUCCCACCAGGAAUGAUUUUGGUCCGGACAGACAGCGGCCAACUUGUCAUGGUUCCUCAGCAAGCAUUGGCUCAGGUUCAAGCCCAGGCACAACACCCAGGAAGCAUCUCUCCCAGGCCUUCUGCUCCAAUGAGUGUUGCCACAAUUCGCCUAACAUCAAGUCAGCCGGCCAUGACCAUCUCCUCAAUCAGGCCAGGACAUCCACUGCAAGCCAAAGUAGUUCAACCUGCUGCUACGUCAGUUAACACAAUGUCGGUUGCUGCUUCACAACCUGUCCCUACAGCAGCUCCCACUUUGGUUUCUGGACAUACCAGCACGCCACAGACUGUGUGCACUACAACCUUCUCUGGAAUGGCCAGCCAUCACAUCAUCACAUCUCAAGCCCAAACUCAACCCCGGACCCCUGCUUCAUCUCAGUCCCAAUCUGCAACUAAAACUCAACUGCAAGUCCAUCCUGAAGUCACACCCAGUUCUCUACUUCCAGGAACACCCACAGUUACAAAGGUGUCCAUGGCAUCGCAUUCUGCACCUCUGGGAAGAGCUGGACAGGAAAUGCAGGAAAAUGUGAAGAAAUGCAAGAACUUUCUCGCAACCUUGAUUAAACUAGCAUCGCACAGUGGACAGCCUGCAGACACCUCCCGGAAUGUGAAGAGUCUUGUUCAAGACUUGCUGGACUCUAAGAUUGAACCAGAAGAGUUCACUAACAGACUUCAGUCAGAACUUAACUCAUCUCCACAGCCAUACCUGGUGCCUUUUCUCAAGAAAAGUUUACCAGCCUUGAGGCAGUCCCUGGUUCGGAAUCAGCAGUGCAUCCUGCAAGUAAAUCAGAAAUCACAAGGAGUGGUCUCAGUCCAGGCCACAUCGACUGUGCCAUCGACAGGAACUGUCAGCACAGCUGUGGCUGGAUCAUCUGUACGAACACAACAACCCAUCGCUGAUAACACAGUCUCAGGAACAAAUAUAGUGACACAGGCACACAUCAACUUGGCUCAGCAAGGGCGCAGCACACAUCUGAUCAUACAGCCCCCAGUACAGACAAUGAAAAGGCAAUCUGGUCUAGGAGCUCAAGUGAGAUUGCCGGUGGUUAUUACCCCAUCUAUCACACCAGUGGGGAAGACGUCACUACACCAAGGAAGCAAAGGUCUUGCAGGAUCGUUGCUCCAGGUCUCUGCCAAUCAGAAAAACAAGCUCAGUGACCCUGCAAGUGGCUCUUUUAGAGACGAUGAUGACAUCAAUGAUGUUACCUCAAUGGCUGGAGUUAAUCUGAGUGAGGAGAGUGCCAAUAUUCUGGCAACCAACUCCAAUUUAGUAGGAACGCACAUUCGCUCCUGUAAAGAUGAAACCUUUUUGCCUUGCGGUGCUCUGCACAGGCGUGUCCUAGAAACAGCUAAAAGGUUUGGAAUCACGGACGUUCCCAUUGACAUAAUAAACAUGAUUUCACUCGCAACGCAGGAACGGUUAAAAAUGGUCAUCGGAAAACUGACAUCAAUAGCACAACACAGAAUGGAAACGCACAAGGACCAUGAAUGGUACGAACAAGCAACAGAUGUUCGGACGCAACUGAAAUUCUUUGAACAUCUGGAGCGACUGGAAAAACAACGGAAGGAUGAUCAGGAGAGAGAAAUUCUAUUAAAAGCAGCAAAGAGUCGCUCCAGGCAAGAGGACCCUGAACAUGCGAGGCUAAAGCAGAAAGCAAAGGAGAUGCAGCAGCAGGAGCUGGCACAGAUGAGACAACGAGAUGCAAACUUGACAGCUCUUGCUGCCAUCGGCCCACGUAAGAAACACAAACGGGAUUCCCCAGGACUGCAAGCGACUGAGGUGGGAAUGGCAGCUGGCGAGGGUGCAGGUCCUCCAGCAGGCCCCCAGGCAGGAGCCGGAUCAGCUUUGUCUCGCCAGUACACACGACAGAGGGUAACUCGGGUAAACCUCAGGGACUUCAUCUUCUACAUGGAACAGGAACGAGACACCAGGCACUCACUUGUACUGUACCGAGCACUGCUGAAGUAGACAGUGAGGGACAAGGACCCAGUCCCUCAGACCUACAUGAACAGACCAUCAGCAUUCAGUGACUGCCGCCUUGUGCCUUUUCCUAAAACAAAUCAUUUUGUAUUCACACUUUUUACUGUUGCCUCAGACCUCAUCUUCUAAUAACCUUUAGAUACCUCUAGCUGAAUGUUUGCAUCCAGUAUUUAAUUUCUUUGCAACUCCCCACAUAGUUUUUUUUGUCUAUAUGUCAGUGGAGAUUUAAAACAAAAACUGUGAAUUCUAGUAAAUCCAUAAUGAUAAAUGCUGCAACCCACACACUGCAGGUCUGUCAGUACAUGAGACAGGAAUACACCUUCUGAGUUUGUGUCAGAAAAGUGAAAGGAACUCUGACCAAACUGUUAACUGACCUCUUCCUCUCCAGUUACUCACAGACUGUACCUGUUGUAGCAAUUUUUAAACUUUUAUUUUGUCUCUUUCUACCUCCCCACCAACCAUCUCCAUGCCCAUGUUUUUAGUGGGAAAAGGGGAGGCUGCAAUUACGCAACCGUCUAUUGUAGUGUCUUGUUUCAGUGCUUUAGUUUGUCUUUUCCUAAGGUAUUAUUAUGUUAUAACCCAUUUCAGGAGUUAGUCUCAAUAGCUGCUCCUGCAUUCAAAAGCCUUUAGCAGUAUUGAAAACUAUAUGUUUAAGGGAAAUAUAUAUAUUGUUUUCAUUUUAUAACUUUAUUUAAAUUUUCUUUGCAAACCUAAAAUUAAAUGGUUGCACACAAAGACCUGGUGAAAUUGCUGGAGAAAUUUUAACUGUGAGGACAUAUUGUCCAACAAAAGUUCCUUAUGGAGAGAUUAAAGUGGGCGUUGCUGGUCUCAUCAGUGUUUUUUUUGUUUGUACCAAUCAGUGUGUGGGACCAUUUAGUUUAAACUAAUUGUAAAAGUUUUCCUGAAUUUAAACUUAAGGUGAGUGGGGAAUUACUACAAUAAUGGAGUACAUUAAUGAUCCUGUUGCCUUUCUCUCUCUCUCUCUCAAAAAUGUUGCUGUCAGGUUGACAGCUGAUGUCAUUGAGUUAAAGGUGAUGUCAGUGAGUGAUUGAUUAAAGACAUUGCCAACAUACAACAAUGGUUCCCGGACAGUUUUCCUGAAGGAUCACUUUUCAAGUGGCUCAACAAUCAUGGAUAGAGACACCCCUAUAUCAUGUGGAAGUGCUGUGUGUAAAGAUGAUGUAUCUUUUAAAACUGUGUUAAUUCUAAUUAUAACAUCUUCAGCAGUGAGUUCUGCUUAAAACGCAAGCUUUAUUCGCAGUGAAAUGUCUGCAUUCUCCAACUUCUCAUCAAACACACACACACUCGCACGCACACUGUCUCACCCACGCACACUCUCUCACACACACGC